CGUCUUGAGCCCGAGCGCUGGGCGGGCUUUUUCUCACUCCCCGCAGCUUGCGGUUCUUGGUUCCAAGAGCUGGCGAUCGCCAUCGAGAAGGGGAGAAGGGAAGAAGGAAAGGAAGAAUCGAAUCGGGGGCAGCCAUGGACGACGACCCUCUGGACUUCGAGAUGGAAGACGAGAUCCUCUCUCACCCCACUACUAAAAGGAGGAAGGUAAUAGGUUUGGAUGAUCUUCUUACUGAUUAUUAUAUGGAGAAAGUUAAACUUGAUGAAAGUAAGUCUAAAAGAUCAAGGAAGUCCAAAGGAAAUAAUUCAGAUGAAGAAGAUGACAAGGCUCGAGAAAAUGAGAAAAUGUUCUCUAAGUUAGUUGCAAAAUGCCAAAAGGAGGUGAAUGACAUGAAUACUGAAGAUGAAAUCCCCUUAUGGGGUCAGAGGAUUUUUGGGCAUCAGAAACAUCCAUUGCCAUUUAGUCAUACAGGGCCUGAAAAUUGUGAACUUUUGCAAGCUUUUGCAAAUAAUGAACUUAAUUCAGUUUUGGAUCUGAAUAUGCAGCAAGGAGAGAGCUCUUUGGAGGGUUUGUUGAUUAAUGGAUGGCUGUUACAAUUGGCCUUAAACUGUGGUUUUGUUGAAGAUUCUAUAGCAUCUUGGACAUUUCACAGGAUGCUGUAUUCUUCAAAUGAGGAGGUGGAAGUUUCUGCAUGUGACUUUUGGUGUAAUAUCCUCCCAUCUAAGAAUGAGGCUGAUCAGCCAUUAUUAAAACUUGGAUGGUUGCCUAGCUAUUCCAAGCUAAAGGAUGCUCUAGAAAUCUAUGGAUACAUUUAUGAUUCGUCACCUUCACAAGAAGUUAAAACAGAUUUUGGAUGUGAAGGGCCACCCAGAAACAUUAUAUCAUGGAUCAAAAUUCUGUCGGCUUGUUGUCAAAUUAGAAGUCUCAGGUCUAUAUUUUCUAUCUCUGAAGUGGAGGAGUUGCUUCUUGUACUUAUUCGCCUCUUCUUAGACCGUCAGCUUGAAGGCUUGUCAUCCAUUUUGAAUGAAUGCUUGCAAUCGAUCAUUAGUUUCUUUAUUGAAAGUGAAUGGGAUGCCAGCUGUAAGAAAGUGGCAGAUUCUAUUGCUAACAAAAUUCCCAAGGAUCUUAACUGCUUACGGAUCGUGGAAUGCAUUUCUGGGGUUGGCAAUCGUUCUAAGCACCUUAGGAGUCAACUGGCCUUUCAUAUACUAAAAAGUUGCUUUGAUCAAAAUAUAACGAGUUCUAAAGAUAUUCUCGAAUUGCUCAUGUCAAUGCAAUUGAAGGACAAGAAUUUUGACUUCUUCAAGCUGUAUAUUUACCUAGUUCUAGCAGAGAAUAUGCUCUUGCCUUAUCAUCCAUUAGGAGAGAGAGAUGUAAUUACUGACAUGUGGUGUAAAUUUCUUCGAAACUGUUCAAGCCAAAUUACAAGCACAGACUGGAGGUCCUACGCAUCAAAGGUCCGUUACAGAGCUUCGUAUCUUCUCCAGAACACCAUCCAGAGAAGGAAUUGUCAAUAGAGAAUGUGCAGUUUGUUCGUUUUUUUUUUGGAGAGUAGCAUCAUGCUUCUAAUUUGCCCUUACAUAAUCUUUCUUGCGUUCUAUAUUUGCUUGUUUCAAUAGCUUAACUGCAGUUGAAAAAACAAAGAUGUUAUGGUGCUGCAAUGGAAACUACAUAGAUUGGCAUGGAAAAAGCUGCCAGCUUCUUGAUUUUUGAUCUGCAUAACAGAAGGCUAUGUUGUUUGGAUCAGCUUCAUUUAAAUUUUGCUAUUCUUCUUUUGAUGCA